AUGAAUCAGGAUGGGUACAACAGUCAACAAUCGGAUUCAUCUGAAAUUGUUGGUUGGGUUGCUGGUAUCAAUGAAGGCGAAAAAGAUCAUCAAAUCGCAAGUUAUUGUUCGGUGCUGGGAAAACUUGGUUAUAAUUUUGUGAAUUAUCCGGUUGGUGGAAUGAAACGUUGCAGUUGGGCGCCGAAUGAGUUAGAUGCUUUGGAUGUAUUACCGCCACCUAUUGAUUUGCCCGAUUUACAACUCGAUCAUUCAUUGUGGAAUCUUUAUUUUAUUGGUCGUAUAUCAGACUGGAUUGAUUGUGAUUCUGAUCAGCAGUGGUUGGCUGAUUUAUCUUGUCGUGAGAUCGAAAAAGAAUUGAGUUAUGCAAUGUAUAUGCCAAUUCGAGUAAUUACGAUUAAUAUAAAACAUCCAGAUUCACCUAAACUAGCGAAAAUCAUUAAUAAAUGGUUAUGGACAUUCAACAUAACUUUUUGCAUUUGGGUGAUAAUCCCAAUUGACGAUACUCUACUUGCCAAGUUUGAUGAAAACGAUCGUCGAGAUGUCUGGUCGAUUUGGGCUGAUUUUCGAACAUUAUGUGGCAAUUAUCUAAUGUCUAAACUAGCUGUUGGUUUAAAAAUGGGUGCAGAUUUGGCCAACGAAUUUUUAGAACCAAAAUUAGUCGAAAGGUGGAAAGCUGAACCACUUGUGACCAUUUGGAUCGACUCAUCUGUAUUUAUUGCUGGUCUUCGAGCCGGUGAAUAUGCUUUACCACAAUGUCAUCAUCAACUUUUUUUGGAACUAUUCACAGCUUUAGCUCAACGACCAAUGAUCAGCGCUGGUACAAAAAAUGAUGUAUAUCCAGCAAUGAAAUCUCGUUUCGUGAAAACAGUCAAGAAAAUUAUACAAGAAAAAAUUUUCCGAUCACAGCAAAUAGCUGUCGGUAAUGAUAAUGCGCUUUUUGAAUAUAUGGGUCAUCGUGAAUAUUUAGAUACAUUGCAGGUGCCUUUGCAACCAUUAGCCGAUAAUCUUGAUGCUACGACUUAUUCCGUAUUUGAAGAAGAUACGAUAAAAUACAACAAAUAUCGUGAAGCGAUUGGCCUUGCGAUAUCAGAUCUUGUAGAAUUAGUCAAAGAUUCUCGAGAUAUAAUUAUUUUCUUGUUGGGCGCUGGUAGAGGACCAUUAAUGCAAAUGAUCAUCGAAGCUGAGGAUUUGUAUAAUGCCAAACACCGUUGUCGGCGUGAUUCUCUUAAAUUACAACUGUUUGCAAUUGAAAAGAACAGCAGUGCUAUUGUUACUUUAAAAUAUCGUAACAAUGUGCAAUGGGGUGAACGAGUAACAGUGCUUGAAUCAGAUAUGCGCAAUUUGGUCGAUUUGGUUCGCUUAAAAACUAUUCCCCAACCUGAUCUUAUAGUAUCUGAAUUACUUGGUUCACUUGCUGAUAAUGAAUUGUCUCCUGAAUGUUUGGAUGGAGUUACAGAUAUUUUACAUGAUACUACAAUAAGUAUUCCUAAAUUUUACCAGAGUUACGUAGCUCCAAUCCAGUCAGUUCGGAUGCAUCAAAAAAUUAUGAUGGGCUUUGGAACAAAGUUCUAUGAUAAAGGAUUUUGGAGUCGAGGACGCUCUUUUCCAGAAUUGCAACCUGAUGGAACAUAUGAAUUGUCGCGUGCCGGUGUGGUCGCCUUUGAUGAAAUAUAUGUAUUGAUGGGCUUUAUUGGCUAUUUUGAGGCUCAGUUGUACGAUGGUUGUUGGAUUAGUACUGUGCCACAAACGCAAACAGAUUUUUUAAUUAGUUGGUUCCCUGCUUUGAUUCCGUUAAGACAAUUCAUUCGUUUGGAAGAAGGAUCCGAGAUCACAUUUCAUAUGGAACGUAAGGUAGAUGACGGUGGUGUCUGGUAUGAGUGGUUCGCUGAAUAUUUUGAUCCAAAUAAAAGUGAAACUCUCCGAACUCCAGUGCAGAAUGAAAAUGGAACAAGUUUUUAUAUGCGACUUUAA